CCUAAAUGGAACCUCGCGACCAAAAACUACGACUACGCCAUCGUGAAGUUGGCGAGAAAGCUGGACUUCGCCGGCAAACACAAGCACCUGAUGCCCAUCUGUCUCCCGGAGAAGGACCAGAGCUUUGACGGAGAGACGUGCACAGCUUCGGGAUGGGGACUCACCAAAGACCCAAGCGAGGGAGGCGCCCAAAUGCCCGCCCAGCUUCAAAAAGUGGACCUGCCCAUUGUGCCUUACAACGUCUGCAAGGAGUACUACAAGGACGUUAACGAGGUCCACGAGGACACCAUGAUCUGCGCCGGCCUCGAAGAGGGCGGUAAAUCUGUGUGUUAUGGAGACUCGGGAGGACCGCUGCAGUGCGCUAGAGAAGACGGCCACUACGUCCUCGCCGGAGCGACGUCCUGGGGCACGACGUGCGCGGCGCCCAAGCAGCCGGGAGUCUUCUCGAAGAUCGCCACCCAACUGGACUGGAUCCGAAUGGUCACCGGGGCCGGGGAAGAGUAG